GGCGCUGAGGGAGCGGCGGCCGCAGCAGCAGCAGCAGCAGCAGCGGCAGCAGCAGCGGCAGCCUAUCCUCAGCCUAUCCCGAGCCUAUCCCCAGCCUAUCCCGGGAGCGGAGCCACUCCAGUCCGUUCCUACCGCUGAGCGGGGGGGAGGGGAGCCGCAAGGACAUGGGCCGGGUCUGAGGGCCGGGGGAGGGCAGCCUACGUGUGUGCCGCCCCGUAUUUUACUAACUGUUUGCUGCCCCCCCCCGCCCUUCUUCCCCACCUCAAGGCGGAGGGAGCACAGUCCCCUCCCUUCCCUCCCUCGCCGUGCUCCUAUGGCUCCCGUUCCUCGGAGCGUCCCCGGGAAAUAAAAUCCGCCCGGGGCCGGGAGCCGCCCCCCGCCUCCACGCACACACACACACACACACACCCCGCGGGGAGCGGCCGAGGCGGGGGAGCGCCCUCCCGGGAGAACAUGGAGGGGCCCUCGGGAUCGGCGCAGGGCAGCGAGCGGCCAAUGCUCACCGUCACACACGAGCUGAAAAACGCAAAUUUGACAGGCCAUGCGGAGAAAGUUGGCAUUGAGAACUUUGAACUCUUGAAAGUCCUUGGAACUGGGGCAUAUGGAAAAGUGUUCCUAGUAAGGAAAGUAAGUGGCCACGAUGCUGGAAAGCUGUAUGCCAUGAAAGUACUGAAGAAAGCAACGAUAGUUCAAAAAGCCAAAACAACUGAGCACACAAGGACAGAACGACAAGUAUUGGAACACAUUAGGCAGUCACCAUUUUUAGUCACACUGCAUUAUGCCUUCCAGACAGAUACAAAGCUUCAUCUCAUUUUAGACUAUAUAAAUGGAGGAGAACUGUUUACUCAUCUUUCACAAAGAGAGAGAUUCUCAGAAAAUGAGGUGCAAAUUUACAUUGGGGAAAUUGUUUUGGCGCUUGAACAUCUUCACAAGUUGGGAAUUAUAUAUCGUGAUAUAAAACUUGAGAAUAUUCUCCUGGAUUCUGAUGGCCAUGUGGUGCUGACAGACUUUGGUCUGAGUAAGGAGUUUCUUACUGAUGAGAAUGAGAGAGCAUAUUCUUUCUGUGGAACAAUAGAAUACAUGGCUCCAGAUAUCGUAAGAGGAGGAGAUACAGGACAUGAUAAGGCUGUUGAUUGGUGGAGUGUUGGUGUUCUUAUGUAUGAAUUGCUAACUGGAGCAUCACCCUUUACUGUUGAUGGAGAGAAGAAUUCUCAAGCUGAGAUUUCUAGGAGAAUAUUAAAAAGUGAGCCACCCUACCCACAAGAAAUGAGUGCACUGUCUAAGGAUAUAAUCCAGCGCCUUUUGAUGAAAGACCCCAAGAAGAGACUAGGUUGUGGUCCAACUGAUGCUGAUGAAAUCAAACAGCAUCCCUUUUUCCAGAAUAUAAACUGGGAUGAUUUAGCUGCCAAAAAAGUGCCAGCUCCAUUUAAACCAGUAAUCAGAGAUGAGUUGGAUGUCAGUAACUUUGCAGAAGAGUUUACAGAAAUGGAUCCAACAUAUUCUCCUGCAGCAACCCCACAGACUUCAGAAAAAAUAUUUCAGGGAUAUUCUUUCGUUGCACCUUCUAUUUUGUUUAAACGCAAUGCAGCUACAGUAGAUCCUGUUCAGUUUUAUGUGGGGGAUGAGCGGCCUGGAACUACAACUAUUGCCAGAAGUGCUAUGAUGAAGGAUUCUCCAUUUUUUCAACAUUAUGAACUGGAUCUGAAAGAGAAACCAUUGGGAGAAGGAAGUUUUUCCAUUUGUCGAAAGUGCUUACACAAGAAAACUAGCCAGGAGUAUGCAGUAAAAAUAAUUAGCAAAAGGAUGGAAGCAAACACCCAGAGAGAAAUAACAGCUCUGAAACUCUGCGAAGGACACCCCAACGUAGUGAAGUUGCAUGAAGUUUAUCAUGACCAGCUUCACACUUUUCUGGUAAUGGAAUUACUGAAAGGAGGAGAAUUGCUUGAACGUAUUCAGAAGAAGCAGCAUUUCAGUGAGACAGAAGCCAGUCAUAUUAUGCGCAGACUUGUUUCAGCAGUGAGCCACAUGCAUGAUGUAGGAGUAGUCCAUAGAGAUCUGAAACCUGAGAAUUUGUUGUUUACAGAUGAAACUGAUAAUUCAGAAAUAAAAAUAAUUGAUUUUGGCUUUGCUCGUUUAAAACCACCUGACAAUCAGCCUCUGAAGACUCCAUGUUUUACUCUGCAUUAUGCUGCCCCAGAGCUCUUUAAUCACAAUGGUUAUGAUGAAUCCUGCGAUCUCUGGAGUUUGGGAGUCAUUCUGUAUACGAUGUUAUCAGGACAGGUACCAUUUCAGUCUCAAGACAAAAGUUUAACAUGUACUAGUGCUUUGGAAAUUAUGAAAAAAAUAAAAAAGGGAGAAUUUUCCUUUGAAGGGGAAGCUUGGAAAAAUGUUUCUGAAGAGGCCAAAGAGUUAAUUCAAGGGCUUCUGACAGUGGAUCCAAACAAAAGAAUUAAGAUGUCCAGUCUGAGAUACAACGAAUGGCUUCAGGAUGGCAGCCAGCUGUCAUCUAACCCUCUAAUGACUCCUGAUAACUUGGGCUCUUCAGGUGCUGCAGUUCAUACGUAUGUCAAAGCCACUUUUCAUGCCUUUAACAAGUACAAAAGGGAAGGAUUUUGCCUCCAGAAUGUUGACAAGGCACCUCUUGCAAAGAGAAGGAAAAUGAAAAAAACGAGUACAAGCACAGAGACGCGUAGCAGCUCCAGUGAAAGUUCACAUUCUUCUUCCUCUCAUUCUCAUGGUAAAACUACACCAACAAAGACACUGCAACCAACAAACCCUACAGACAGCAAUAACCCAGAAACUAUCUUCCAGUUCUCUGACUGAAAAGCAGAGAAUAUUUUGUCUUGAAGAUCUGUGUGGUUAUAAACUGAGCAGUACCUUUGUCUUCUCCCACCCUUCCUCCCUGUGGCUUACAGGCUACAGAAAUAUGUCCGCCGCUUUAAUAAUGUAUUUCAGUCAUACCUUUUUAGCUUCAUAUUUCAGUACAUUUCUUUUUAGCAUUAAGUUUGGUAUCACUGGAUAUGGUAUAAUACUAUAUGACAACCAACAUUGUAUUCACUUGGGAUAAAUUACUAGUCUGCAGUCAGGCUCCUCAUAGUAAGGAGCUAUUCUGCCCUUGGUACAGCUUGGAGGAAAGCUGUUUCUCAGCAUCAGAAUCUUCCUCCCAGUUUCUUCUCCACUGUUAAAAGAAAGGAAAGCUCUGUAAAACAUAGAACUCUUGAAUCUUCUGCUUAUGUCCAGCUAUGCGAAAAAUCUCAUAGCAUUUGAUUCUUCCUGUACCUAAGGAAUGAUUGGUACAAUCCACCAAAGAAGUGAAGUACUCAAAGGCCUCUUAAAUUUGUGAUGACAUUCUAUGACAUUUAUUUGAAUUUUGAGAACAGAAUGAAGUGUUGUGCAACUCUUAGGUUGCUUUAAAAAGUUGUUCCAUAUCUCUUGUUUUAAACAAUUGAGAAUAUGUCUAAGAUUUUUUUUAUUUAUUUAAUUUUUUAGAAAACAUCUGGAGUAAAAGAUGUCUGAUAAGGUGACAUGUCAAAUACUGUGAUACAGUAAUCUUUGUUUCUACUUUUUGAAGUUAAUAACUUUUAAAGUGUUUUACAGAUUCUAAAACAUGAUAUUACAGAAAGCGAAAUUUCAUAUUGAAUGUUUGAAAAAUGGUCACGCGUUAAAAUGUCUAUUCCAAGAGUUAACUAUAAUUUAUAUUUUCUUUUUAUAUUUACACAAAUACUUUAAAAUACUGAGAUUUUUUUAAAGAUGCAAAAACUUCGGUUUCAGCAUUUGUUAUUAUAGGGUCCAUACAAAUAUAUACCAAGUUAUUUGAAUUUUGCAUUGUGCAAAUACAUCAGUGUAAUAGUGACUGUAAAAUAUUAGAAUAUAUGUUUUCUUCUUUGCACUUUAUAACAUCAAAAUGAGAUGUUUUAUAAUAAAGUGCACUCAGAUUUCUCUUCCUACAAGGUGCUGAGCACUGUUUUAUUGGAUCGAGUGACCUGAAAUCCGCAUUAUGUGGUGGCUGUGGUCAUUGUGAAGGAGAAUUCUGUACUUUGCAGGUGUGAAUCCCUGUAUAUUAUCCGCUGUUUCCAUUCCUUACUUAAAACUGCAAAACUCUUUCUAUCCCGCUUUUACAUUGUAUAUAACAAAUACUAGACCUGGGCACCUUGUGUGUAGUGUAGAUGUUAACAACUUAUGCACUGGGAAUACUAAAGGGAAAUUAUAUUGAACACUGUGCUUCACAACUUGUUCACUGUGGUGUUCUACAGUGAAGUAUUUCCUACUGUGAUAGUAUAGUAUGUACAUAACUGUUUGGAAUCAUAAAUGUGACUUACAGAAACAUCAGCAUAAACUUUUAAAUCAGCAUAUUUUAUAAAUUUAUGGAGAGCUCUUUUAUUGCUCGUAUUCUCCAUGUCUAGAGACAACUCCAGUUUUGCAAAUGCUUAGAUGUGUAAGUUUCCACUAAAGUUAGAUUGAAUCAUUGUGUAAAGUUAAUUAAAUCCUAAAUUUCUGUGAUGGUAGAAUAAUUGACAGGAGGAAUUUGUUAACAGAUUGUUCUACUCUAAAGUAAAUUAAUACGAACCCUAUGCAAAAAGAAAAAAAAAGAAAAGAAAAAAGAUAUAGGAAUUGUUUAUAUCAGUGGUUUUAUUUAUAGAAUUGCAUCAGAUAUCAGUAUUGACAAAUACAAUACAUCCAUGUUUACAGGGAUUGUGUGUAUCAAAACAAGGCUUUGAAGCCCAACAUGUUUGUUCUGUGUUUCUUUGAUAUUAAUAAUGGCAUUCUGAGGUUUUGGAAUUGCUCAUGUGAAAUAGUUUACUACUUUCUUGAUGUGAAUGUCAACAGUAAUUGCAGCAUUAAUUUCAGGUUGAUGUGAAUAUUGAGAUUUGCACUGUUUAUGUAGAGGUAGUAUAUUUAAAGAUCAGUAUAUGUGCUAAUAACACAACCGAUUUUAAGUGGCUGAUGUUAAAAUAUUGAAAAAUAAUUGUCAAUGUAAUAUAUUCAGGUUUGCUUUCUGAAUGCUCUUUUUGGAAGUGAUCUCAAUAGUGAAAAUGGCUCAUUUGUAAAAGAAUACUUUCCCUCUCCCCAAUAAACUUGCUGUAAAUACGAAAACAACAAUCCACAAUUAAUACUUAUUGUGUAGUCAGUACAAGUAAAUUGAGGGAGGGAGAGAAGGUUGUUCUUAAAUUUUAUACCUUGAGGAUUUCUUGGAAUUUAUUGUCUUCAUAGUGAGAAAAACAAAAACGCAAUUUUGGGUUUGAUUUCUUUCAAGCGUAGCAAAGAAUCUCUUAGAUGCCAAAUAGCUCUGGAAUAUUGUGACCCUUGUGUAAUAACUUUUUCAAAGUUGGAAGCAUCGUACAUUUGUUUUUCUCUCGGGAAAUUUAAGCUGAUGCCUGACAAACUGAUGAAACGAGAAAAAGAAGAUUCAUACAAGAAACUGUAUGUUGCAGAUGAUGGCUGUGUUGUCUGGUGCUGGGUUUUUUUUUUCCCCCACACAGGUUUUGAGAGAUUGAGUCUAAAAUGAUUAGAGUAGGUCACUUGCAUCAAAUACAACUUUUACUCAAUAAUAUUUCUCUUUCUUCUUUGUGCUCUAACAGUAGUUAUUUAAUAAAAGAUUAAAAACAGGAUGUUUUUUGGUCUGGGUAAGUAGUCCUAGCUGUUGAUUCGCUUUUGCUUUUAACCAGUUACCUGGGAUAGCUGAAAUAUUAUCACCUCUGACUUUCUACUGCCUCUGGGUAACAGAUCUUUUGUAUUGGAUGCUAAGCUGCUUGGGUUUAUAGAUAGGCAUCUUUACAUAAACAAAUUCUGUUUACACUGAAUAAAACUGGAUUUGCAAUCUAGGCAGCUCAAGAGUGGGUUCACUUUUUGUUCAGAUGCAGGAGGCUAUUUACUCAUGGCAGAAAGAUGUUCUUUUCUUCAGCUUAAUCUCUUGCUCAGCCUGGCACUCCAGGUAUGAUAAACAUGGACCAGAUUUUUAAUAUUCAUACCAGUAUUUCAAAUCUGAGGUAUACAAGCUAAGCUUGAUUAUUACUUCAAAUACUUUUUAUUGCCGUCUUAAAGAGGUGUUAGACUGUAAACUGUUUAUACUCGAAUUUCAUUUAAGGUGCUGCUAUGUGUCAAAAAACCUUAAUGUCUAGUAAUGAUCUUUCUUUACUAUUAUCAGAUUUGACACAUUCAGCAAUGUUGUGAGAUUUCUUUGAAAGAUCAAAUUUCUUAUCAGUAAAGAUGUUUAUAUUAAUCUUAAAUGUACUAGCUACUAUGUUGGUAAAGCUAUUUCUCUGUAGUAUUUCUUGAAAUGCAGAUAUUAAUGGGAAAGGUGUUAGAGGAAUACAAACAAGGUAAUAUUUUUACUGUUCCUCUGACAUGGUGAAGUUUCUACCCUUUUUAUAAGGAAAAGCAAAUGAAAUGUUUGUUUCUUAGUAGAAUGAUCUGUGCAUCUGGCAUUUGUAUUGUUUUCUGCUACAGAAAAUAUCUUCAUUAAAAUACUAUAUUGACAGUUUUGAGAGAGAGCAUAAAAAUACAGUAUUGCAUCAGAAUGAUUUGAAACUUGUGAGUUGGCAAUUGCUGAUGUAUGUAUCCUCUCUGCCCUUUUCCGUGGCUGCUUUUUGGAACAAAAUAACAAUACCUGCACAGCCAUGAUCCCUGGUGCUCAUCCAGGAGCAGAAUGCUGUCUUGUUAAGAAAAAUAAAAGGAAAUAAUCACAUGAUUCUCUUAUAUGUUUUAUUAGUUCUGAUGACGUGUUGUAGAAGUCUCUUACGUUUUCAGUAUGCGCAUGUAUUAUGUAUGUGUGUGUAGAUUCAUGCUGUAUUGCACAAGUCUAGGCCUCCAUUGAAAGUAAUAGGCCUUUUGUUUUAAGAGAACCUUUACAUAACUUUACUUACUGUGUGAAUUCUUGACUCAUACAGAUUCAGAGGAGCAGACAAGGGGACUUCUGCAGAAGAGGAAGAAGGUUAAGGGAAAUUAAUAAUGAGAAGCUUCAGGUGACAUGAUUUUUGUUAUUCACUCGAUGUAAUUCCAGGUAUUUUUAUAACAAAUCUUGCUGUUUUCAUUCUUUUUCCCCAUGUACAACAGUCUUUCACUGUGCUGAAUUUUACAUUGCAGAGCAUUGCAUUCCUUUCCUUUGGGAUGCUUUUGCUGUAGAAGCGUCUUGAUCUUUGUUUACCUGUCAGAAGUACUUUUGAGUGAGCUCCUUUGAUCCACAGGGCACUGGAGUCUGUAAAAGAUGACAGUGGAGAGCUAUUGGCUAACUCUCGCCCACUCUCUGUCAUUUUUAUCUAUCACUUUUUCAGUACAUAGUGGGAGUUCAGAGCACCUGCAUAGGAAGGAAGGUCUAGAAAUCAGGAUGAUUCCAGUACUGUGUACUAGGGCAGGAAGUAGUGAUGCUCUUAAUUUCUUAAACCAGUGGGAGCAGUCUUGUCUGAUGUGGGUGGACGCAACAAGAGCAGAGAAAUGUAAGCCACCUGGAAUUAUAUGAAUUUGAAUAAAACAGCCUCCUGUCCCCCCUAGGGCUGUUUCUGAUCCUUUUGGCUCCCAGCUCUGAUCUUCUCCUGGUUCAGGUGUUAUCACCUCUCAGCCAGCCUGUGUUCUAUCAACUUAGCUGAGACAUCUUGGUGAACACUGAUAAUAAAAGGGAUUGAUUGAUUUUGAAGUAGGAAUGAAACACUGCAAAACUUAAUAUAUUACAUCAAUUUUCGAAAGCUAAAGUUCUGCUCGAAUGUACAAAGGAGUCCCUGCUAUUCACAUGUGUUGUAGAUAUACGCCAUAACAAAAUCUACCUUAGUACGUUUUAUCAGUUAUGAGAAUAAUUUUGUUUGACACUUGGAGGUAUGCUAAAAUAUCUUUCAUGUAUAAACCAGUUAUUGUAAUUAUGGCAAAGUGAGGAGAAAGGAGGAAAAGUCUGCAGACUGUGAUG